GUCUGCUGCGUUUUUUUCCUUACACAUAAAACAUGAUGGGAACAGCCCUCAAAUACGUGUUUACAUUAUAAAUAUAUAUACAAAUAUAUGUAUACACAUAUAUAUUUAAGUGUAGCUAUGCCUGUACAUGUAUAUAUGUCUAUGCAUGAGUCAAAUAUACAUAUGCGUAUGCCUCUUUCUUUAUAUUUUAGAAGAAUAAGCAUGCCCACACCCAAGGCUCCACAUCCCCCCGCACUGCUGCUCCAGCAGCUUCCUUCCCUCGGCAAUGCUCUGAUUUCUGUGGGAAAGGGGGGAGCAGCCAGCGCUGGGGGACACGGACAAAGGCUGCCCCAGCCCCAGUGAGGGCCAGAGCUGUGGGGCAGGGGACAGCAGAGAAGUGGCCCAGCCCCAUGGCACCUGUGCAGGACACAUGCCUGCGUGGGAGUGGGGUGUGUGUGUAUGAAGGGUGUGUGCAUGUGUGUUUGUAGGUGUGUCUGUGCAUGUACGGGUGUACACAUCUGUGUUUGUAUGUGCACACAUGUGUUUCUAUAUGUAUGUGGGUGCACAUGUAUGCAUAUGUAUGCGUAAUAUAGGUAUGUUUAUAUGUGUAUGUAUAUGCACAUCCGUGUCUGUAGGCAAGUGCGUGUCAGCACCUGUAUGCGUUUAUCUGUGUGUAUAUAUAUGUAUAUAUGUGUGCAUAGGAGCUUGUGUGUGCAUAUAUGUGCAUCUAUAUAUGUGUAUAUAUGUUUCUAUGUGUUUGUGUGUAUAGUACCCGUGUAUGUCCAUGUACACGUGUGUACAUACGUGUGUACAUAUGUGUGUACACAUAUGUGCCCCCACCGCAGCCCAGUGUCCCUCUGCCCGCUCGGGCGCGCGGCCCCGCGGCACAUGACGUCAUGCCAGCGAGGCCGGGCGCGCCCGCGCUGGCGCGCGGCCAAGGUGACGUCUUCGGGAGCGCCCACGUGACGCGGCUCCAUUGAGAAAACGCCGGCCCGGCGGCGCGGCCCUAUAUAAAGGCGGGUGCGGGUGUGCGGGGCCGGACGGGUCGUGCUGCGCUGAGCGACCGCGGGACACCGGCCGCUCCGACACUGGCCGCGACUUCCUCAUCUUCCUCUUCCUCUUCCCUCCUUCCCCCGGCCGGAGCCGCCAUGGUGAACCUGCGGGUGUGCGCGCUGGAGUGCGAGGCGCUGCGGGGGCUGCUGCAGGAGCGCGCCGCGCAGUGCCUCGUCCUCGACUGCCGCUCCUUCUUCUCCUUCAACGCCGCGCACAUCCGCGGCUCCUGCAACGUCCGCCUCAGUACCAUCGUCCGCCGCCGCGCAAAGGGCGCCCUGGCCUUGGAGCACGUUGUCCCCAACGAGGAACUCCGCUCCCGCCUGCGCCAGGGGCUGGUUCACACCGUGGUGCUGCUGGACGAGCGCAGCGCCGACCUGGAGCUGCCCAAGCGCGACAGCACGCUGCUGCUGGCCCUCGGCACCCUCUGCAGGGAGGCUCGCGGCGCCCGCAUCUGCUUCCUCAAGGGUGAGUGGCGCCGGGACCGCCCCGGCACCCGUCGGAGGGGAGGGGGGACCGCGGCAGUGCCGUCCCUGGGGCUCCGCUCGCCCCCCGGCCGUGCCGCGCUCACCCGGCGCCUCUCUGUUCCCUCUGCCCCUGCAGGAGGUUAUGAAGCGUUCUCGUCCGCCUGCUCCGAGCUCUGCACCAAGCCGGCCGCCCCCACGGGCCUCAGCCUGCCCCUCAGCGCCAGCAGCGCGCCCGGCAGCGCCGACUCGGGGUGCAGCUCCUGCGGAACCCCUCUCUACGACCAGGGUGGACCGGUGGAAAUCCUGCCGUUCCUCUACUUGGGCAGCGCUUACCAUGCCUCCCGGAAAGACAUGCUGGAUGCUUUGGGAAUCACGGCGUUAAUCAAUGUAUCAGCGAACUGCCCCAACCACUUCGAAGGGCACUACCAGUAUAAAAGCAUCCCUGUGGAGGACAACCACAAGGCAGAUAUCAGCUCCUGGUUUAACGAGGCGAUUGAUUUCAUAGACUCUGUUAAAAAUGAUGGAGGAAGGGUAUUUGUGCACUGCCAGGCUGGCAUUUCCCGGUCAGCAACCAUCUGCCUUGCUUACCUCAUGAGGACCAACAGAGUCAAACUGGAUGAAGCCUUUGAGUUUGUGAAGCAGAGGAGAAGCAUCAUCUCCCCAAACUUCAGCUUCAUGGGGCAGCUGCUGCAGUUUGAGUCGCAGGUCCUUGCCCCCAACUGCUCAGCAGAAGCUGGUAGCCCUGCUAUGUCAGUAUUGGACAGAGGAGCAUCGACCACCACGGUCUUUAACUUUCCAGUCUCCAUCCCUGUUCACACCUCAUCCAGUGCUUUAAGCUAUCUCCAGAGCCCCAUCACCACUUCCCCAAGCUGCUGAAAAGCGGGUGAAAAUAUGGCCAGAACUCAGACUUACUGUCUCAGAAGUGCAAUAACUACAGGGACAGUGUCAUCAGUUACUUGUGUUUUGUGGGGAACCAUCCAUGCAUCCCAGAACAGUGUCAUUAAUGGAGAGGAGCUCACCUGAUGCCAGAGAACUAGGUGUUACUGACUGUUCUGCUGACUUCUGAAGCCAGUAUCUGGAUGUCUACACAGAUAUCAAAGGACACUGUCUCUUCUUGAGCUGUUCCUCCUUGUCUUCUGUCUGUCCUAAGCCUGCUCCAUGUUUAGUAGCAUGCUCACCAGUAUUCCCAUUCCUGGACACUUUGAGCAACACUGAUGCUGUCCCCUUUUAUAUGACAGUCCUAUUUAUUUAUUUUUACAUUAGUGCAUUGGGGUUUUUUGCCUUCACAAGCCUAAAGUUUCAUUUCUAGAGAAACAAAAUACCUCAGUAUUUUUUUUGGUACUAUAAUCCUGUGUGUGUAUAUAUCUGUCAGCUCUUCUUGUGUCCCAAGCACUGACAUGAAAGCACCAGGCGAGUGCUUUUUUGAGUUGCCAAGGGUUGUAUGUUUGAUUUAUUUAUGAUGUGAAAUAAUAUAUUUCUUCUUAUGAAGACAUAGUUUUGUUACAUGAUUAUAACUUUUUUUAUACAAACAGAAUAAAUUAUGGUAUUUCUAUUGAGCUGGA